CCCUGUACGUCGUCUGACCUGGCCCUAUCCGCCAUGAACGCCAACAAGAAAGACAAACUCUGUCUCGUGUGUGGGGAUAAGGCCCUCGGCUACAACUUCAACGCCGUCUCUUGCGAGUCCUGUAAAGCUUUCUUUAGGCGGAACGCGCACAAAGUGAUACGAGGCAGGUGUGAGGGCAAGUGUCAGGUCACCGUGGAGUCAAGGUCGUUCUGCAAGCGGUGCCGCCUGGCCAAAUGUUUCACAGUCGGCAUGAGGAAGGACAUGAUACUCAAUGACGAACAAAAAAAGCAACGCAAGCAGAAGAUCAUCAUCAACAAGCUGCGGCGCCAGGGGCACCUCCCGCCCCAGGACACGUACUCCGCCUCUGCCAAAGACCUGCUGUCCCCCAUCCGCGGUAUGGUCGCCCGCAACCCCGACAAAUUCCUCGCCUCCUACAACGCAUUCAGCCCGCCAGAGGUCAUGGUCAAACAGGAGGUCAUCGACUCCGUCAACAGCCCGGGGUCAGUGGCGUCCCCCCCUGGGGCAGCUUCGUACCAGCAUAGCAGCACCGGGGGUUCCUACCCCACCCCUGGUCCCCAGCCUGAGGCUGUUAUUUCCUACGCUCCUUGGGAGGAGAGCAGAGAUGUGGUUCAAGCUGCGAUUACGUCUAUGAGCGAGAGGGAUCAGUUUCUGAUUAACGAGCUUCUUCGCGCUAUGGAGAGCAGCAGUUUCCUAGCUAUGACGCAGACGUCUAUGAAAAUGAUGCCUUCGAACCCUGAAGAGUUUGUCAACAUUGCCGAGCUCUUUGUUCGGAAAGUUAUCAAAGUCGCGAAGAACAUCACCUUCUUCAAGCAGCUUCACAAAGACGAUCAAAUCGCACUGCUGAAAGGCUCGGUUGUGGACAUCAUGAUGCUGCGGUCUGCUGUGAACUAUGACCCCUUCACGGAGUCGUGGAGUUUGAGCACUAAAGGUUGUAUCAACCAAGGGGCCAGUCAGGCAGCCGGCGAGCGGAUAAGCGCAGAGAUUCUCAAAUCGGGUUCUUCUGAGACGAAGCAGCUGUUUAUGACUUACAGCAAGUUUAUCAAGUCCCUGAUGUCCACUAUACACGGGGACCUUCUUGUGCUUAAGCUUCUCAUCCUCAUGUCCCUGUUCUCUGCUGACAGAUUGCCUAUGGUUGACCACGACAAGGUACAGGAGAUCCAAGAAACGUACGCCCGUAUCCUGGAGGAAUACGUUGGCCACCGGUUCAACCAGGAGGCCACGCUGUUCGCCCGUAUUGUCAUGAAGCUGACAGAUCUCCGGAACAUUAACGAGGUCCACUCUAAGAUGCUGCUGUGUAUGAAGGUGGACGAGUUCGAGCCCCUGCUUCUCGAAAUAUUUGAUCUCCCGACUGACGCCGAGGGCGGUUUCUUUUCUAGCCGAGCCACCCAAUACUCAGAGAUGGCGUCGUCUACGGCGCCGUCGUCCACGCGGUCACCCCCUUCUUCCUGAUGUGGGACUGACGUCAUAUUGUGACUUAUAAAAAUGACUGACGUCAUAUUGUGACUUAUAAAAAAACGACGAACCAUGUUUAAUAUGAACCUUCCUGAUGGUGACUGGUGACUUAUAAAAGUUAACCAUAUUUAACAAGAACUGGGGUUUUUGUGUUUAAAGUGUUGAAACUGGAUGUAUAUAUUUAAUUUAACCUCUCAAACAUAGUUUUACAUUUAUAUUCUCCAUGGAAGUUCUCAUCUACUCUGCUUCACCUUCCUGAUACUCGACUACAGGCUCUACGAUUUGAAAGGCAAAGGAAUUAACAGUUCUUUCAUUGUUUAUAUUUGUUGUAAUAUGAAUGGUUGAUUUGUUAAAUUUUGGUUGUACUUUUUAAAAGUUCAAGUAUUUUUCUUGUAAUGUUUUGAUGUAAUGGAGGUAAUGUUAAACAAUACUUUGUAACUAAAAUUGUUUAUGUAUAGUUGUAUGUUAACAUAUAACAUAAGUUGUAUUAAAGUAACUAAUAAUUCAUUAUUUUCAAUGUUACUGCACAUUUUUCUUCACUGUGCUUUUCAGUAUUUUUUUUACACAAAGCUGGGU